UCAGUAACAUUAUGGCUGCCGUGGGUCUGUGCUAUUCAGAUAUUCGUAUGAAGACUUUGCACAAUAUUCCCCAGUGUCAGUGGCACAGGAACUGUCCUCACUUGGACUGAUGAUAGGGAGGGGGGCAUGUCUCGUUAAAUGUGUUUGUGAAUGACACACAACCGUCGUGUAAUAUGUGGGACCAGGAAUGGGGAUGUUUGGAAAACAACCUUAAUCUCUGGACCAGACCGUAGUAUACUGCGCUGAAUCACAGCCAGUAGUCUACUGAUCAUUCUUGUCAUUUUUAACUGACGUGAAACAAAAAAGUACACAUUAAUCUGUUAAAACAAGAUACAGAUGGUUGAAGGAUGAAAUUCACAGAGCAUCUCUCCGCACACAUCACUCCGGAAUGGAGGAAACAAUACAUCCAAUAUGAGGCUUUUAAAGAGAUGCUGUACUCGGCCCAGGAUCAGGCUCCAUCGAUUGAAGUCACUGACGAAGACACAGUCAAGAGAUACUAUGCCAAGUUUGAGGAGAAGUUCUUCCAAACAUGCGAAAAGGAGCUGGCCAAAAUCAACACAUUCUACUCAGAGAAGUUGGCUGAGGCCCAGAGGCGGUUCGCCACGCUGCAGAACGAGCUGCAGUCGUCCCUGGACGCGCAGCGGGAGAGCAGUGGCGCCCCGGGCCUGCGCCGGCGCCGCGCCGUAUUCCACCUCACCCAACAGGACCGCACCGCGCACCGCAACAUCAAAGACCUGAAGCUGGCCUUCAGCGAGUUCUACCUCAGCCUCAUCCUGCUGCAGAACUACCAGAAUCUCAACUUCACUGGGUUCCGGAAAAUCCUGAAAAAGCAUGACAAGAUCUUCGAGACGACUCGCGGUGCGGACUGGCGGGUCAGCCAUGUGGAGGUGGCCCCCUUCUACACCUGCAAGAAGAUCACACAGCUGAUCUCCGAGACUGAGGCGCUGGUCACUACAGAGCUGGAGUGUGGGGAUCGUCAAAGGGCCAUGAAGAGGCUGCGUGUCCCCCCUCUGGGAGCUGCUCAGCCUGCGCCGGCUUGGACUACCUUCAGGGUGGGCUUGUAUUGUGGAGUGUUUGUCGUCCUCAUCGUAGCAGUCGUCAUCACAGGUGUGGCAAACAUCUGGAGAAGCCUAGAAUCAAACCAUGACGUGUGGCCGCUGGUGCGGAUCUACCGAGGCGGCUUCCUGUUGAUAGAGUUCCUCUUCCUGCUCGGCAUAAACACCUACGGCUGGAGACAGGCAGGGGUCAACCAUGUCCUCAUAUUCGAGCUCAACCCCCGCAACAACCUCUCCCACCAGCAUCUCUUUGAGAUUGCUGGCUUCCUGGGUGUGCUUUGGUGCGUGAGCAUCCUGUCGUGCCUCUUCUCCGCGCCCCUCCACAUCCCCCUGCUGGCCAACCCUCUCAUGCUCUACGGCUUCUUCUUCCUCUUCCUCAUCAACCCCUUUAAGACCUGUUACUACAAGUCCCGCUUCUGGCUCCUCAAGCUACUGUUCCGAGUGGUCACGGCUCCAUUCCACCGGGUGGAGUUUGCAGACUUCUGGCUGGCUGACCAGCUGAACUCACUGGGGAUGUGUCUUAUGGACCUGGAGUACAUGAUCUGCUACUACAGCUUGGACAUCGACUGGACCAAGCCAGAGCUGCCCAUGAACACACCAGAUGGCAGCAUAUGCCACACUUAUAAGUACGGAGUGCGGGCGGUGAUCCAAUGCCUGCCGGCCUGGUUCCGUUUCAUACAGUGCCUGAGGCGUUACCGUGACACCAAGCGUGCCUUCCCUCACCUGGUCAACGCCGGCAAAUACUCCACCACCUUCUUCGCCGUCACCUUCACCGCCCUCUACCACACACACAAAACCGCGGAUCCUGAGGGCUCAGUGUUCUUCUACAUGAUGAUCAGCUGCCUGGUAGCCAGCUCCUGCUACACCCUCAUUUGGGACCUGAAGAUGGACUGGGGCCUUUUCGACCGCAACGCUGGAGAGAACACCUUCCUGCGGGAGGAGAUCGUCUAUCCACAGAAAGCAUACUACUACUGUGCCAUAAUUGAAGACGUGCUGCUGCGCUUCGCCUGGACCAUCCCCCUCUCUCUCAGCUCCGCCACCAGUUACCCCCACAUUACAGACAUCCUCAGCACCAUCCUCGCUCCUCUAGAGGUCUUCCGGCGCUUUGUGUGGAACUUCUUCCGCCUGGAGAACGAGCACCUCAACAACUGUGGUGAAUUCCGAGCCGUGAGGGACAUCUCGGUGGCGCCGCUGAACGCCGACGACCAGACGCUGCUGGAGCAGAUGAUGGACCAGGAGGACGGGGUGCGCAACCGCCUGGGCAAGAAGAGCUGGAAGAGGAGCUACAGCAUGUCGCUCAGGCGACCACGCCUGGCCUCCCAGUCCAAGACGCGGGACACCAAGGUGCUCAUCGAGGACACGGACGAUGACACCUGACACAUUCCUCCGCGGGGCCUGCGAGGCUCCGCACUACGGACCACAGCCCUGUGGCGGCCACAGCUCUCACAGCUGUUCAAUCAGAACACGCAGAGCGGCCAGUCCAACACAACGCCCACACACUCAGCCCAAUAACACACACACACACACACACACACACACACACACACACACACACACACACACACACACUGACAGAUAUACACUUACAAACACACAAACAUUGUUUUGAGGGAGAGCGAAGGCUACAUACAUACUGUAUGUUGGAGAUUACCUACAUUUUCUUGUAAAUGCACACACACACACACACACACACACACACACAAACACUCGAUCACCAUCAGGUGACACAUCAUUGAUAGCCAUGCCAACCAAGUAGCAAGAAAGCAGCGGGUGGCAAACACUCGCAAAGAAAUGUUGAGCCUAACUGGCCCAAAAAAAAACACACAUUUGUAACUUGUAAAUACGGACUACUCAGAGACCAACAAUCAUAAGCAUACUGUAAACCACAGUGGCUCUGAGGUGCACAUUUCAAACACACAACCAAAAACCAAACAUUCUUAUUAACCCUUGAAGUGCAAAACAUCAACAUCAACUCGGAAAAGACGAAUUCACAAAAAGACAAAAGCAAUGCAUUGCAACACGCAAACCCCAGCAGCCCGAGGUCCAGCUUCAACGCAAUGGAAAGACAUCAACAGGCACAAGACACGACUAACCCAAUGGAGGCAGCAAAUGCAGCACUUCACCGCAGGGUUAUUGAUUUUAUUCAAUUUUUAUUCUUUUUUUUAUUUCAUUUUUUGUUUUGUUUGUUGUAUUGUGCAUCUCUGUGCCACCAUAGUUAACACACUCAUACAGACUCACAGACAAGUUUCCUCCGGCACACGUGGACAUGCCACUUUCACCAUUCCACUUCCUUUGCUCAUCUGUCACUGCCUUUAGUAUUUUUUUGUUUUGUUUUUUUUGUUUGUUUCCAGAGGGCACACCUUUUAGACUGCUCAAAUGUUGUAAAUAUCACAGGCUUACUGGGCAACUAUUGUUAAUAAUAAUAAUAAUCAAUAAUCAACAAUAAUGUAACUGAACUGAGGCAUUGACUCUUCAGGCUGGACAUUGAUCUGUCUACUAAGGCAAUCAGUUUGGUUAUAUGCCAGCGUCUGUGGAUUUUUAAGUUUCAUAUGAAUUUAUUUAAUUAUUUUUCGAAGUCCAGUCAAAGAUGAAGGCAAGUCUUUUCAUUUCUUUUCUUUCUUUUUUUUUUUGGAAAAUGAUUUGAAUGUACAUUUUGUUAUUUAUGUGAAGGUGAUAUGCCUUGAAAGUUGCCUAAGGAAGGGGAAGAGGUUUUUUAAAUCAUUAUUUUCAAGUUAGUGAAGGCUUUCGUGUCCCCCAACACACACAUGUAGAAUGAGUUCCUCGUAUGAGGAGACCCACCGGUGGCAUCCACCAGAUGAUUUUCCAUGGACCGUCCCAGCCCCAACGUCCACAUAUCAUAGGAACGGCUCAUUUGAAUGCCUGAGCUAUAUUCUCUGGGUUUGUUUAUGCCAAAUGUAAGAGAAAUGCCUCAUCGCGCCGCGUCGUCCUCAUCACUGUGUGGAGGACUACGCAUCACUGAGCGAGAGAAACAUGUAGCUUUUUUUUCUGAGCAAGCCAGAUGUCUUGAACAUUCCAUUAGCACUUUGAUUUAGCUUUGGGGAAGUGUAAGCCAGGCCUGUAUUCUGAUGUACUGAAGGCUCCCCGUCACUUGUCACCUACACACAUCUACACACCGAAAGUGGUGAGUUUUCCUGCUUCUGCCCGUGUCUUCAUGAGCUUAACGCAUAGCGAAAAUCAGUCCGAACCUCAAAAUCCUUGUAUUUUUGUAAGCUGGUGUCUUCAACUUCAGUGAAACCGCAUUCCGAUCUGUUUUUGAUGGAAUGUCCCUGAGGUUUAAAAAAAAAUGUCUACUGUUUAAUGUUCAAGCUUUGCUGUUGUCAUAGUUGUAUAAAUUCCAUCUGGGGGGUUUCUUAGCACAUGUAGUGAGAGGCUUCAUGAUGACCUGUCUAAUCACCAUGGUGAAACUGUUAUGAAGAUUUCAGGGACUUUCUGUGCUGUUCUCAAUCCGACCUGUUUCCCAAGGGCAUCCCAGAUCAUCACUUUCAUCUUGGAUUGGAGAGGAUAUUCUCUGCUCCCACGACCAAGUCGUGUGUGUGUGGGUUUUUUUUUGUUUUUGUUUUUGUUUUUUUAAAGACAGUUCUGGGACCCUCUUGGGAAAAGAGGCCUUAUUAGUACUACCUUACGAUCUGUUUGUUAUUCUCGUCUUAAGCAAGUUGGAAAUUGUUACCGAAGAGCCAUGCAGGACACUGUAGUAGAUGAAUGAACUGUUGUAUGAGAAGUCUGUUACAUUCCAGGAGGAACCAGAGAAGGAAUGGCCAAAUCGGGAGCAAAGAGAAGCUGCUGGCAGACAGACACGUCGUCCUCAUCAUGGGCCACUUGGACUCUGACUCUGACACUGUCUUUCCUGGCCUCCUGUCGCGGAGUGCAGUUUCAUUUCCUUGGCCUUCUUCGGGAAGUAUAGCCACUGCAACGCAGCUGUAACACCUGGUGACAUGGCACUACUGGUGGGGUCCUUUAGUUUAGGGGAAGAAGAUCAAGACUACUGUAAAUACCAUGGACCAAAAAAGAAAAAGACAAGGUUACUCUGUGGGUUCUUUUUUUUCCUCCUGUUUCAGGUUUGACUAUUGGUGACAUUUUGACAUUUGAGAAGGACCCUGUUUUGAACUCUUUGGGUUUCUCAUGGCCAUCGGGUUUCUGUUCUUCUGUCUCAUGUGCUUGUUGUACUGUUGUACUCUUUAUUCCUGGCCACUGUAACCACCAACCAACCACCCACCCCCAAAAGAGGGAGAUCUCUCUUCUGCAUCCUUCUGUGUGUAAGAGAAGGAAAACAAAAGCAUUGAGCUUGUCUCACUCUACCUGUUACAGUUUUUGAGUAAAAUGCAAAAGGAAGUCAA